CUAGCAGAUUUAAUAUUUACGCUACGUUAAUAAAAACCGGUGAUGUGUAUUUGAUUUUUGUUCAUACGUGAAUUUUAGACAGUUUAUCUUUUUGUGAGAAUGUUGAGGAAUAUGAGUAUUUACAGAAUAACUUCAUUUGGUCUCUUCUUAUUGAUCGUGAAUGGUGUGUUUAGUUUUGAUGCACAUGAAGUGAAGUCAGUGUCAGUGAUGGAGGGAGAGACUGUCACUCUUCACACUCAUCUUACUCACAUACGGAGAUAUGAUCACAUUCUGUGGAUGUUUGGACCUCAAGAGAAACAUAUAGCUGAAUUGUAUAAGCGAAGCAUUGAUAUGUUAGAUGGUAGCAAGUUAUUCGGAGAAUGGACACUAUGGCUGGACAGUCAGACUGGAUCUCUCACCAUCACAAACAUCAGUACAUCACACACUGGACUUUAUAAACAGAUCAUCAGGAACAGAGAAACAUACAAUGCACCUCAUCACAUGCAAUUCAAUGUUACUGUCUAUGCUCGUCCGUCCAAAGAUUCCCUCACUGAACACUACCAUUUGUCAAUGGCGAUCUCUGCAGGAGUGAUUUCAUUAGUUCUGAUUGUACACGCAGCUGGGUUGAUCUUACUGUACAGGAAGUGCAAACAUAAAUCUAAAAAAGUGGUCCAAAGAGAAGAGGAAGAGGUGCAUUACAUAGACACAGUGUUUCUCAGAAAAAAUAAACAAAUGAAAACUAGUGGUACAGGGGAGCAUAUUUAUUCCAGUGUUAAGUGAGACACUGAUCAAGCCAACAGCUCUCAUUACUCAUUUACUUCGCUUAAAGGCACUAAACUAAGCAGAAAAACAAAUGUAUUUUGCAGUAAGACAUGUCAUUGCACUGCAUCUCUUUACAAUGUCUUUACAAGGUCAUCCCAAAAAAAAUCCAUGAUUAUUCAGACAACUUUACAGAAUUUACUUCUGAAUUCCUGGGGUGUAUAAAUAUCAGGAAUAACAGUAUUAUUGGUACACAAGUAGUGAGGAUGGUGUGAUCUGAACUCCAAUUUGUGUUCUGGUUUCUCCUUCUACUUGUAAAUGCUUUUUAUCUUAUUUUAUGUUGUAUUUGUAUUUUUAUGAUUGAUCCUUGGAAUUGUUUCUUAUCUCGUAAUAUGUUGUAUUUGUAAAGUUUUCUGAUUGUAUAUUAAACGCUUUAUAACUUUGUUGUUUGUUAACUAUAAAUAUUUUAGAAUGACAUUUAACAUUCUGUCCAGGGAGUACAGAUGAAAAAUAGCUUCUGCUAAUUCUGGUACAUUUACUGUAAUGUUUAUCAAUGUGCAAUGUCCCUGUUAAAUAAAUAAAAAGAUGUGUUGC